CCACAACGUAAACAAGCAAUUAUUACAACUUCCUUUUCACCUUUCAUCUACCAAUACCAAUUUCAUACAAUUAUUUUCUAAUAUUGAUCUGUUCACUAGUAUUCGUUUCUAUUGCGGUCUCUGACCUAUCACUUUCAAUCCGACACAACUCUCUUUUCAAUUUUCCACCCGAUUGUGAGUCCAUCUCACACCGUGACAGUCAAGUAACCUUCUCUGAUGAUAUACUAAAUUUCUAUUUCUGUUUUGUUAUUAUCCUCGUCAUUUCAAGUUUCUAUUUAUUAUACCUUUUUCAAAAAUAAGUUUUUUUCAGUCAGUGCCUUCUCAUUCAACCGUAAGAAAGAAAACAAAAAAGGUGUUUUCUAUCCUCUCAAAUAAUCUUCAUACAAAAGUAGCUGGUCCAUUGUUUUAUGAACUUAGCAUAUUUUGGCUCAACUGUUUGUUUAGCAUACUAGAGAGAUUGCAGCUAUGAAAAUUAUUGUGUUCUUUUAUUUUAUUUUUGCUUUUCUUUUGGUCUAUUAUCUUGAAAGGACUAUUCAUAUUCGAUCACAUACAAGAUGCCAUUGGUCAAAAUGGGAAAGCUGGCCUGAGAAAGCAAAACCUUUCCAUGUUGCGUUAGUAGCUGAUCCCCAGAUUGUAGAUAUUGGUACCUACAAUUAUCCUCGUCCCUUGCUCCGUCUCGUACAAUUCCUUGCCGACCAGUAUUUAUUUCGACACUGGCGGUACCUUCAUAAAAAGCUCAAACCUGAUCUGACAAUUAUCAUGGGAGACUUGAUGGAUACUGGAAGAGAAUUUAAUUAUAAGGAAUGGCAAAGGGAUCUAGACAGAUUUAACAAAAUUUUCGAUUUCGGCUUUGCUGAACAUGUCGAAGUUUAUCCUGGGAAUCACGAUAUUGGCUUCGGGGAAAAGACUUUUUACGAUAAAAUUCGAAUAUUUGAAUCUAUUUAUGGUCCUACUUCCCGAUCCGUAAUUGCUGGCAACCAUACCUUAGCCUUGGUUGAUGGAAUUCGACUUUCUAACACUAUAUCACCGAACGUAUACGGGAAACCGAAAUCUUAUUUGGAGUUUUUUAAAAAGGAGAAAGACGAUUCAUCACCACGGAUUCUUUUUGGGCAUGUUCCUUUAUACCGCCCAGAUGAGACAUCCUGUGGAAAACUACGCGAAAAGAAGGAUACGAUAUCAUUUGGUUAUGGGUACCAAUAUCAAAACGUGCUUUCGAAAGAACUGUCUUCAGAGAUUUUAAAGGAUACUGAACCAAUUGCUGCAUUUGCCGGUGACGAUCACGAUUAUUGUGAAGUUGUUCAUACUUAUACUGAUGAUUACGGUUCUCUUAAAAAGGUCCCUGAAUACAAUGUCAAAGCCUUUGCAAUGACAAGUGGAAUACGAAGACCAGGAUAUCAAUUGCUUUCAUUAUUUUAUGUUCAUGAAGAAGGAAAGCCGCCUUCAGAGUCCUAUCAAACUCAUCUUUGCUUACUUCCUGACCAGCUUGCUAUAUAUCUAUAUUAUGGCUUUUCCUGUUUAUGUUUAUUUGCUAUUGUCACAUAUUUUGCAAACCUCUAUUAUCAAAAGUCUGGUCGUCUUCUUCCUUUAUACCAUACUCAAGCCCAAAAUAGGCGUGCCAACUCUCAUCGUCGUUACAAAAACAUCAUACAUAAAGCUUUCAGCUAUUUUAUAUUUCUCAUCUGGCCACCAUUAUUAUUCUUUGUGGUUUUGAACUUCUUUAGUGUAUAGUACUCGUCCGAUACAAAUCAAACUAUUUGUUGCCAUAGAAUAUGAAUAGAUUAGUAAAUAUUUAUUAAUUAAUUAUUAUUAGAGAAUCAUUCAUAAAUGUAUACAUAUCUAUCAUUAAAUAAUGUCUGCACCCC